AUGAUGGCCGAAAAAGGCAAGCUCAUCAGAGUCAAGUGAGAGGAGCGCAUAAUUGUCCCCAUUUACAGGACUAAUAGUAGCUAUAGAGCUGAGUCGGAUCUUGGUGUGCGGGUUCUAGACGUCGAGGCAAAGUUGGCAUCCGUGUGCGGAUCAGUUGAAACAGUGCCGGACACAUUCGAUUUGGGUUCCGAACCGGUUCCAAUCCUAUGGGCUAAUGACAACGAAAGUUCAUCGGUCAAGUCGAGCACUGGGCCAUAUGUGUCAAGUUUGCCUCAUGCUACUCCAUCGUACACCGAGUCACUUCCCGAUGUUCGAGCUACGGCGCUUUUGGAUCACCCAUCGACUACCUAUAUGGGCUACUUUGGUAAGAAAGAUGUGCUAUUUCAAACUGCGGCCUUUACUUAUACCCGACCUUCACGGGUUCGAGCUCGAAUCACGCACUUUUCCCGUCAAUAACCGCAGAGAUUAUAAACUGUGGUUACAACCAUGCGCAGCAUUCCUUCGAGCCUUUCGGUCGAUGCCAGGUACCUAUCUCAAGGAAUCGAAUAUCUACAGAUCUUGCAUUCACAGAAACGGGAUACCCGGAGCGCCGUGUUGCCCUUGAACUAAUCUCCCUUUUCUCAGACUCCAUCGGCGCAGUACUCCCCUUCGCUACUGAAUCUGCCCUCGUCAUAGAGGCAUGCAAGAUAAGUGCAGACGCAGAGUUGGCAUCUGGGGUUCAGGCAUUGCUCGAUAUUGUGUUUGCGCAUGCGUUAGUUUCAGCAGACGAAAAAGCAGCAAAGACAUUCUACCUCAGGGCUUCUCAUAUACUUGAGACGCAGUCACAACACUUACCUAGCUUAGAAUCCCGUAAGUAUCUUCACGAUAUCCCAUAUUGAUUCAGAAAGCUUACACAGGUUAUCCAGUUCGGGCAUGCCUGUUGCUAGUCAGCUUCCAGCAAAAUACUAGGCGAGCAAUAUCAAGUUAGUCGCCUCAUUGUCUUGCAGUUAAGAUGGCUUAUGAGUUAGGCGUUCAUGCCCCUUUCACCUAUAAAGGCUUGAGUAGCCAAGACAAGGAUGCUCGUCUUAGCCUUUGGUUGGGAGUGGUUACCCAAGAUAGGUAAUUAAUAUCGCAUUCAUCAUAUGCAUGUCUAGCUUGCUCACCAGGUAUCUUUCGUAGAAUUUUGAGCUCAGCGCUUGGUAGACCAAGUCUAUCACCAUCCCAUCACGUCAAAAUAGAUGUGUCGAGAUAUUUUGAUUCUGAUCAAAAAAACGAACAACUAAUCCAUAUGUCUCUCAAGGAAAGCUACUUCAGGCAUUUGACGUGAGUAUUGAUAACAAAGACUGACCUAUUGGUGUCUUCUUUACUAACAAAUUGAUAGUAGUAAGUGAGAGAGCUAUGCAGCUGCUGAAUAAAAAAGGGGGAACUAACAAAUUGAUAGAUGUCAUUAUGUCACUGGACAGGCGAUAGACGAUAUCUACGACCACAACAUGGGAAUUUCCGAUCAGUUGAGCUUUGAUGAUUUAGUGGCGAAGACAAUAGACCUCUCAAGAAAGUUAGAUCAAUGGCGUGUCAAUUUAUCUCCGUUCGAAAUCCGCCAGCAUGAUCUCAAUCUUCAAUCCCGUUAGCAGGAACGUCGAGAGCAGGAGGGUUCGAAAACCUACUUGCCAUUCACUACUAUCGAACGGUUUUGCUGGCCAACGGACAGCUGCUUCUACGAAUAUUGCAAGAGAGGACUUCAAUCCGCCUUGAAGAUAUGGAUAUUUCCCAUCAGAUCGCGAUAACUUCCCUACAACGUGAUUAUACGGCAGCAAAGGAGCUGUGUUGGCUGCUUUCAAGUAUUUCCACCUCUGAUUCUGGAUUUUUCGAAUCCAAUGCUACCUUGUGGGUUUGCAACUAUGGAGGUGAGUCUAUGGUCCCUUCUACAUCCAGUCUUUCAUUUCCGGAAGAUGCUGACCUCGAGGCGCGCAUAAGUGCUCACUCUCUGUCUUCACCUUAUGGGAAUCUGGAUACUUUCGCUUAGCAAUCCCGCAUACUUCGGGUUACUCACGAUAAAUCCGCCGGAAGUGCAGACUCUGCUUAAGGAAGCAAUUAAUACAUUGAAAGUGAUUGGGGGAGAAAUCCUCAUGAGUCGCAAGGCCCACCAUUGCAUACGGCAGUAUAUUGAGUUCCUGGCCUCUGCCGGUAAGCUUUGUUUACGCCCCAGGUCUUUCCUAUCGAGGGUGAAGCUGACAUGGGUCACAGAACAAAGGAUAGAAACAAAUGACCUUGCAGAAGCGGACCAAGCGGUGCUGUGGGUAGCGCAGACUAAUAUGGCUCUAGACAAUGAACCCAACCUAGGGGACUUUUUCCAUUCGCUGGACUCGGAGGAUGCUCUACUGGGUGGUUUGUUGGGAUCAGAAAGGUGGCAUAGCGAUAUACAUGAUAUAGGCCUGUUUUAAUAAAGGUGUACUGAUGUCUAACCUAGCUCGUCUAUCAACUGCUGAAGAGAAAGAAGGAGGAGAAAGAGACACUGUGGCUGAUUGUAUAGUCCUGGAUCCUACAACAAAAGCCCUUGUCCGGGACAAUAGCUUAGCGGUUUUCUUAAUUUCAACCAUUCAUUGCGGGCGCGAAAAGCAUAUUUUAAUGUUUAUGUUAUGGUUAACUGGGGUGCUAAUUGGGCUACGAAUCUCCUAUCGGGGAAACCGUGGCCCGUUAGCUCAGGGGUAGAGCACUAUUUUUGCACUGCCCGUUGGCGGCCUCACGGGCUCGACCCAAGGAAUUGGUUCGAGAGCUUAAUUUGAGGCCGUCCCCAGCCAUCUCCCGCCAUACCCAGCCUUAAAUUGAACGAUUGAGAUGCGCCCAUGGUAAUAGAUCAGUUCUAGAAGACGAUGACGCGUCCCCUUAUGCAUUCGAUGCGCCUGAUCGCCCGACCUGGGCUCAAUUUGUGCCGGCUUGGCGCCCGCCAAGCAACACCCCGGCCGUGCUGGCAGCUAUCGAGAUUCUCAACCGCGUCAGCAAGACUAAAUGGUACGUGCCGCUCAAUUGACGAUGACAUCGAUUAUCGCUGCUUGGAACAAUGUCGAAUUUAUCUCAAUUCGCGUCAUGUGUGAGCAGGUUCAUAGGGCUGCCCAAUUGCCCGCGCUCUGCUGUAUGAUGACCAGCUUGAGGAUGCCGUGUCCUCAGCUUCACAGGCUAUCAAUGGCACCGCACGCGCUUGAUUUCGCGUAAUGACCAAUUGAGAGGACACCUUGCUAAUUUACAACAGAAUACAAGCAGUCACAAUCACAAUCGGGAGGUGGUGGUGGCUAUGGCGAACCCAAGUCUGAGGAACCAUCUCUGCCGAGAAAGAUGCUGGAGUCGGCAGCAACUACGUUUGCUUCCAUUGUAGUUCUCGCUCUCGGGUUUGCAGGCGCUGCCUACAUCUAUCACAGAAGCUACAAGUGGUUAGUUCUGCGAAAGAUGACACGGGCAUUCGAGCCUGGCGACCCAGUCUUGGAGAUGGCCGCCAUUGGCAAAGAUGUCCCGCACAAGAAAGGGGGAGAAACAGAUUACUGGGUAUUGCGACCAGAGCAAGACCGCGUCAACAGAAUCGUCAGCGGUGAAGAAAAGGGGCACUACUUUCUGCUCGUGGGGGAGAAGGGCACUGGAAAGAGCAGCAUGCUCAUUGAGGCAAUGCGCCAGAUCGAUGGCGAUGCUGUUUCCAUGUUUGAGGCGCACCCGGAUACUGAGAUCUUCCGACAACGGCUGGGAAAGGCCCUGGAUUAUGAGUUCCAUGAGGAUUAUAUUGGGGGCUAUUUCAGCGAGCGGGGGCCUCGUGAAUCCACCGCGCUUCUCGACAUCGAGCGGGCGCUGAACAAGCUGGAAAAGGUGGCCAUGAAGAUGAGAUCUGACCGUGGCAAACCGCUCAUCGUCAUUGUGAAUCAGAUGCACUUGCUCCGAAAUGUCGAGGAAGGCCGUGACCUGAUUGAGCUUCUCCAGCAACGCGCCGAACAGUGGGCCGCGGCUGAUCUCGUUACCAUGAUUUUCAACUCCGAUGAUUACUGGGUUUACGAACGUUUGAAGCAGCUGGCAACUCGGAUGGAGGUUAUCCCGGUACACGAUUUACCCAAGAAACAGGCGGUGGAAGCCUUGAAGAACUACCGUCUACGUUACCGUGGAGAGCAACUUUCGGAGAGCAUGCUUGAACAGAUCUACGGGAAGGUUGGUGGCAGAGUCAGCUUUUUGAAUAGGGUGGCCAAAAGUGAAGAUAUGCUUGCCAAGUGUGAGUCUAUCAAAAACACCGAGAAGAGGUGGUUCCUAAACCAAUGCUGGAUCCUCGGAGCCGAGAUGGAUGACGACGUGAUGGACCAGCAAAAGUGGGCAGUAAGUAUCACCUGGCGUCAAGUCCGACUCCCAUUGUGACAAAAUUUGCUCAUUCUCAAUUAGGCUGCUGCUAUGACCUUGGCCUUAGCCUUGGUAGACAAGGAAAAGGAGAUGGACCAGACUUACAGCCCAGAGGAGGGCCAUAUCCUACCAUCCUACCCAUUCCAUGAAGCGCAGCAAAUUAUGACCCGAUGUGACUUUAUUCGCGAGCUGGAUAGUCUGAAUCUCCUGACAAUUACUCAUCAUGCCGACGUCAGAGCCAGCAGCGUCCCCAUGCAGCAUGCGUUCAAAGAAAUCUGCUCCCAACCGGACUUCCGAGAGUUCUUGGAGGCAACGAUGAACAGGAUCGCCGACAUUGA